UCCUCAGUCUUCUCUCGGUCAACUCUACUCAUUCGGAUAUCCAAAAUGGCGGACGCUUUCGGAGCUGACUCAAGCAGGCGGGAAAUCAAAGGGUAACCGCGCAAACUCCUUGGAACGAGGCGGACAAGUGGCGGAAUACUGGUGGUCCGCUUAAAGCGCGAUCUGUACGGGUAUGAUGUCAUGGGGUUAUAAGUCUAGAAUUUGAUAGGCGUAUCAUAUUGUCUGCGUUUGUGAAAGAAAAUGAAGGAAAAGCAUACAGGUGACGCGCGCAAAGACAUCGAGGAGAUCUUAAAUGGGACGGAGCCAAGUGAAUGAACCAAGAAAAUGGAGCUCAGACAAACGUAGAUGAAGAGAAAGGGUCGACCAAGAUAGAAUGUGGAAGGCAUGCGCCCCCAAGCCUCACAGAGUGUGAUAGAACAGUAAAGAAAACAUCCAUUUUGAUUUAUAUCUAUCUGGCGUUUAUAGUGUGGAGGUACGUUAGCUUGGUGUUGUACUCAGUGUACGCCACCGAAUGCUUCUUCCGCGCCAAGCUAGCGACGUUACGAUGCGGUAACUUCAACGUGUAUCCCUAUCCCACCCAGUUCGAGCUCGCAUGGCAGGUCUCGUCAAGCGUGAAUGCCACCAUUGCUAUCGCUGUGGUUCAGCUCCUACCAGAAUUUCCGGGAAACACCGUAAUACUUUACAAGCUCAUUCGAAUAGCAAGGUUUUGGUCUUUGCUACUUCAACUUCUUGUCGUGAUAACCUACAACGUCAUCCUCAUCUCUCACGAGCACUUAGCUGUCAUUGCAUUAAUUGAAGUGGGGUUUAUUCUAGAGGAACUACCGAUAUUCUUUGUGGUAUGCCUGUGGAAUUUUGUUCCCGCGCCUCGGAAGCACAGCUCUGCCCGUGGUCUCCCUUUGUGUUACUAUUCAACGCUUGUAGCGUUUUUCCUGGAAAAUUUCUAUCUGUUUAUUUUGAUGUCGUCCCAGGCCGCACUAGACAUUACCGGCAUUCACGAGUUUGAGCGCAGACCAAAAGUACUGCAGGCGAUUGGUAUCAUUAUGAACGCAACGGAGGCGACGUUUUACUUUGCAAUUAUGAAGUUUUUCUGGAACAAACUGUUUGAAAGUGACAGAGACCUGUUCGCUACUUUUUAACAAAAGCACUGGAUUCUUAUGAUGUACUUGGGUUAGAGGGUGUUUUUUUUUAACCGCAAUGUCAAUGGAUUCUAAUUGAUUUUGUCACAGGUUUUUUCGUUGGGGAGGGGGGGGGGGGAAUGUGGCUUAAAAACAAGACAAGACAGGAUAAAAAUGCUAAUGCUCAAAACGUCAGUUUUGUUUUAAGAUAGGAAAUUAACAUAAAACUUCUACCAUUUGUUGAUUUAUUUCAAUGUGUUGUUCUAAUAGAAUACUUUAAAUAUAUAUUACUAAGCCAUCUUCUACAAAUAAAAAGAAACAAAAACAAUAUGUAUUAAGGUAUUUAAUAUUCAUUGAGUCACAAUUUUAAUUGAUUUAUGUUAUAAGCAUUAUAGCAUUAUAUUAAAUAAGAGAUGCUAAAAAGGCAAAUAAUGCGACAUAAUACUAUAAUACAACACAAGAUAUUACUAUAAAGAAAUACAAAAUUCACACAAUACAA